UUGCCUUCCCACGCGUCUUUUGUUGCCCAGUACCUAGAUGGAGGCUUGAGAGAAGGAUGUAGCGGCAGGAAAGACAUUGUUGCUUUUUGUAAGAAGAGGCCGGCGCGAGGAUGGUGCUGAGCCUGGGUCUGAGAAGUGUGCAUCGUAAGGUGCAUGGGUCAGGAAGGCCACCGAGCCUCCUUCGGUCGAGGGCGUUGUCUCACUUUCGAGUAACUGAGCAUAUACCCCCGACGCAACAUACAAGGCAUUGGCCGAGGGGCACUGAAGUUGGCUACGAGAAUGCCUUGAAGCUUGCCGUCAAGCAAUAUGUGCCUUUGACCAAUCUAGACCCUCAACCUGGCGAUGUUACUUUUGUUGCAGCACAUGCCAAUGGCUUCCCCAAGGAGAUGUACGAGCCUAUGUUCGACGACCUGUUCGAGAAGUUGAGUCGCCUUGGCCGGAGAAUCCGUGCCGUCUGGAUUGCGGAUAUCGCUCAUCAGGGCCAGAGCGGUAUCCUCAAUGAAGACGCUCUGGGCAAUGAUCCGAAUUGGUGGGAUUUUGCACGGGAUCUCCUCUUCUUGAUCAACCAGAAGCAACAGGAGAUGCCUCAGCCACUCGUUGGGAUUGGCCAUAGUAUGGGCGGGUCACAGCUGGCUCAACUUGCACUGCUACAUCCUCAACUACUGCAGGCUCUUAUCUUGAUUGACCCUGUCAUUCAGACCGAGAAUCCCAGCAAGACAUUUGCCAAAGCAUCGACGUAUCGACGUGACCUCUGGCCUUCGCGAGAGAACGCCGCUCAGAAUUUUGCUUGCAGUAAGUUCUACCAGGCAUGGGACCCUCGGGUGCUUGCGCAAUGGGUCCAAUAUGGCCUGAGAGAUCUACCAACCGCGCUCUAUCCUGACCGUGGAACUGGGGAGGAACCUCCAGUGACGUUGGCGACGCCUAAAGCUCAAGAGGUCUUUUCAUACUUGAGGCCAAAGUAUUAUGGCUUUUGUGGCAUCGAGCCUACACGGGACCGCAGUGUUUAUGGAGAUAUGCAUCCAGAUGACGUCGAGGAAGACUAUCCAUUCUACCGGCCUGAACCUGCAGAGAUAUUCCGCCGGCUGCCAGAAUUGAAAGCGCCGGUGCUAUACAUCUUUGGGAAAUCCUCCGAACUUGCAACGCCCGAACUACGGAGGAAGAAAAUCGAAAACACUGGAAUUGGGAUUGGGGGAAGUGGUGGAAAAGACGAGGGUCGAGUACAAGAGAUGAUCCUCGAUUGUGGUCAUUUGGUACCGAUGGAAAGAGUCACGGAAUGUGCAGAUGCGGCUGCUUCAUUUGCCAGCGCAGAAGUGUCUCGUUGGGAGGAAAUGACCGGGAAAUGGCAACGGCGUUGGCUUGAGAAGCCCAGGAGGGAGCGAGUGGGCAUUGAUGACCAAUGGCGGGAAAUGAUAGCGCCAAAGGCACAAAGAUAGACUUCAAGCGCAGAACUUGCAAUCCAAUGUACUGG